AUGUUGCAAAUGAUCCACCCCGAACACGACGUCCACCGAACAGAGAUCUCCGGCGACCCUCCCCUAUUCGUAGCCUCCGAGCACUCCAACGACGGCAGACACCAUCUCCUCCUCGCAGCCAGCGGUUCAGUAGCAACCAUCAAAAUCCCCAACAUCCUCCAUGCCCUCUCUCACCACCCCAAUCUGUCCAUCCGCCUCGUGCUCACCCAAUCCGCAUCCACCUUCCUCGCAGGCCAGAGCGCGGAACAACCUCAUAUCGAGAUCCUACGUCGAAUCAAGAAUGUGGAUGGCGUCUAUCUCGAUGAAGAGGAGUGGCAUCAUCCGUGGAAACGCGGGAAUGGCAUUCUUCACAUUGAGUUGAGGAGAUGGGCACAUAUGCUUGUUAUUGCUCCUCUUAGUGCCAACACACUGGCUAAAAUUACUGGUGGAUUCAGCGAUAACUUGCUAACGAGUGUGGUGCGAGCUUGGGAUCCGACAGGCCAGUUGGAAGAAUCAAGUCAGGAGCCCGGACUGCCGAGGCUUAAGAAGAGGAUUAUUGUUGCUCCAGCGAUGAAUACUGCCAUGUGGAGGCAUCCUAUAACGAAAUCUCAGAUCAAGGUGUUGGAGGAGGAUUGGGGCGUUCGUGAGGAAAGCAUGGACUCGCAUGAGGAAGAGAAUGAUGGAUGGUUCGAGGUGUUGAGACCCCAGGAAAAGGAGCUGGCUUGUGGCGAUGUGGGAGAUGGAGCUAUGAAGGAUUGGAAAGAGAUCGUGGAGGUUAUUGAGAAGAGGUUUGAGCCUCUCCUUUCUCGCGUUUUCGCUUCGCGUCGUGUCUAUUUCCCCACGCGUUUUCAAGAACUCCAUCCAAGUCUUGGUAUCGGGAUUGUGAGCCAGCACCAGGCCAUCCUUGCCAUUAUCGAUAGACCUCAUCCCCUCCAGUCUUUCACUGCCAAAGCCGUCGCAGCCAAGAUGGCUCGACAGACAAUUAAACCUCACAGGCAGGAACGCGAGGUCAAUCAAACCCGGCGGGGAAAAUCAGCUCGUAUUUCCGGUGCCCAGGAAGUAAACAGCGCGAAUGUUAAGCGAACUGUCUCCGCAGCUGGUAUCUUCAAGAAGAAGCCAAAGGUCAAUCUGCGCGAGAAGAAGCACCAUCGACGCAGAGAAGUCAGAGAGCCAACUCCGGAGCCUGAGCUUUUGGAUUACUUUCGAGAUGGCAUUGAGAUAACUCGUGAUGCUCUGAACGCGAAUGCCAAGGCAAACUUCGAUGAUGUCCAUGCUGGCUUUUCUGAAAGACUCGAGGUCUCCAAGAGUACAAGUGGAUCCUUCUUUCAAGAACUCGCAGAAGCCGCUGCUACUCUAAGCGCCCCACUCCUGAAUGAGAAAAUCGAGACUACCAUCAGCAGGGACGGCAAACGCAAGACCGAAGUGGUCGAGAUUGGCAAGCGUGUAUCAACAUUCAAGAAGUUUGUCGAGAAGGAGGAGGUCAAGUUGAAGGAAUCUUGGAAGCACUGGGAGGACUUACAGAACGAGUAUAUCGAGCUGGGUGUCGAAGUGUUUGGGCCAGAGGUCUUUGGUGCCGCUGCUACUGGCUUGAAGGUCAGGCAGAAAGGUUUCCAAAGAGAGAUGGAGUUGCUGGAUCUGGAGCACAGUUCUCGUGUUGGGGAGUUUGAUGAGGAGAUUGAGGAUACUGGACCAAAAAUCUUGCAAAAGAUGAAAGCUUCGGAGAAGGAGUUGGACGUCGCGGCGAAGAAAGAGCAAGCAAGACUGCUGCAAGCACUCAUUCAAGAUUAA